AUGGGCCAGUUAAUGAACAGAUUUUCCAGGGCCCCCAGUAUUAUACCCCAAGUCGGCCUGGCACCCGAACUUUGGCUGGCAAUAUUUGAGCACCUUCCUUUGCGAGCCCUUCACGACGUUGCCCUCACUUGCCAGUCCUUUCGUUAUCUUGCGCAACCUCUCCUAUUUCGCUCGCUGACAUUUUGUCCCUACUCCCUGGACACCAACAAUCAGCGCUUUAUUUACCGUCUCGAAACAGUAGAGCGUACAAAGCAACGCAUACAGUUUUGUUCCUCACCACGCAUCGCUCACGCUGUUCGGGAAUGCAAAUUUUAUCCCCGAUAUAUUGUUGGUGCCGUGCCCAACACGGAGAUUGCAUAUAAUGUGCUUCUGGAUAUAUUACUCGAUACCCUACCGCUUUUCGUCAAUCUCCAAUCGCUAUCGUUCAUGUUCGUGGACCUCAGCCAGCCCCAGGUAUUGAAACUGUGCGCGCUACGAAGCCUUGGGAACCUUUUCUUGGGCAAUUGUAUGGUGGAACAUGUCCAAUCGCUUUCACAUCCCAAAUUGCAGAAUGGUCAUGGACUAUCUGUCUUCUCACCCGACCACAUAUGUUCUGUCUCUGUAAUCAACCCAGUCGCUGCCUCACACUUCCUGAAUAAUUUCAUGGGGAACGCAUCGCAAGGUUUACUACAACUCCGAUGCCUCACAUUACCUUGCGAUUUAGAAGUCGUGCGCGCUUUCCGUCCUUUGCUUCAUCUCAUCCCAGAGCUAUCCGAACUCAAAUUCGCCCGCCCUUCUCAAAUCCAAUUCAACCUUCCCAAAGAUGAAAAUUUCUCCCUGUCUAUGCAUUCCAAUCCACUUAAACCCCUCUUGAAAUACCAAGGCCCUCGUCAACUUUUACCUCACUUUGUUCGCCCUGGUGCGCUCGAACAUCUCAACUUGUGGAGUACACGCCCCAUGUCCACUGAUGGUUUGAUGGAUCCCAUGGAACUGUACGGAGCACUUGUUGGAGGCGAUGAACUCGUCAGCGUAUGCGAUCCAGAGGUCCUCAGGACUGUACAGACGCUGGAGUUGAGCGUUAAGCAUGUCAAUGCCCUCAUGCUCGAUGCUAUUUGCACCCACUUCCCAGUACUUCGAUCGUUAUACGUAUGUGCGGCAAGGGGCUUCUUUCGUGAUGCUGAUAUGCAAGCGUGGGACCUUGAGAUGAUAAUGAACGCUCUUUUGACCCUUCCCCUUCCUCCCACCAUUCAGCGUUUGCGACUCUCUUCGUAUUCAGCUGUGUCAUGCAGUGGGCUCGCGAUGGAAGACCGCCUUGCAGGACGCAAGCGGGACCUCAGGGUAAAAUAUCCUAAUUUAACUUUUGUUUCUCUGGAUGAAUCGGACAUUAACCUAACAUGGGAUAGGAUAGGGUGCUCCAUUGCUGAGAUUUGA